GCUCUGUAUUAGCGUUUGGUAGAGGUUAGGGCUCUGAAUUAUAGACUGGAGUGUAAAAUUCUGACUGAGCCUCAGUUUUUUGUAUCAUCAAGCAAGAUAUUUCAUUCAGGUCUGUCCAGUGAAUUUAAAAGACAUUAUAUUUUAUUCUAACGUGGUAAGAUAUAUUGUACAGUAUAUAAAAAUGUAGUCUAAAUAACCACGUUUUAGACAAAUAGCCUGCUCUUUUGAGGUCGAUUCAUACAAAGGAGUUAUUAAAAUACCCACAUUCUGUAAAGUUUGGGUUGCUUGUUAGAACAGAACACGUCUGUAUACUCUACCAAACAAAGGAAGGCAAAGCAAAUAUCACAAUUGUAAGGAUGUGUUCUUGAGAUGUGAAUUUACAGCUAGUUGGAGUCGGGGGCGCUACUCAGCGAUUUUGUGGCAGUGGCUGGAGGAAGAAAAUGAAUUGUUGGCAGUGCAAGUCAGGAGCAGUCAGCGGAGAAGUUUUUCAGUGGACUGAUUUGGACCUAUUAUUUUUGCUAAAGAGAAAAUCAGACAUACAGAUCUGGGAAAAUUGAUUUUUCCGUCGUUAAAUGGACGUACAUGACAAGGACAUGGGGACAAGCUGACAAGCAAUAAAACUAUAAUUUGGUAAAUGGAUUGAUCACGGUUCAAGACUUAACAUGGGUUGCAUGCAGAUGCUGUAGAUAAUGCAGCUGGCACAACUGCUGAAGCUGAAAUGUGCGUCAGUGUUUUACUUACAGGGAUUUUUCUUUAAAUAUUUUACUCAAAUGAAAACGUAACCGGAACUGUACAUAUUUUGGAGGAAUGUAUAACGCAAAUUAAUUUUAUUUUAAAGGAAGUUUAUUAAAUAUAUUUAAUAAGUUAAACUUUAUAAGAAAACAUUUACCCAGACGAUUCAGCAAUGUUGCGAAUUGUUUUUAAGCACGUAAACAUACUUGUCUUCUUUUUGUUCUCCUGUUUCGUGUCCCGCAUGUCAUCUUAUUUUUAUUCAUUUUGAAAAAGUGCGAAGAAAGCUCCUUUCUCAAAGUGAAAAAAAAAAAACUUAGUUCUCGUCAGGAAUGAUCAAUAUGCGGGAGGCGUAUCGCUACGGGUUGUCUCUGGCACAUCUGAAUUGAUCUACUUGAGUUAUCUCCCGGUAUUUUGUUCCUUCGCGGAUUUGGAUACAGGACAUGUAAUGAUCCGAUGGACAGGUUUAUGAGAUCGUGCUGCUCACAGAUCCAAGGGCUUUAAUUGAUUGCAGUGGAGUGAUGAACACAGCCUUAAAAGCACCAUGAGCUGGUCAAGGUUUCUUGCAGUGAUUGCUUCAGUUUUUUUCACCAGAGUAUGCUGUUUUGGCUCUGAUGUCUCAUUCAUUCUACCCUUUACCGACUGCAUUCAGAGCAAAGGCAGAGCAGGUUACUACGACGGAUCGAUAGAUGUAACAGAGUCUGGUGUUAAGUGUAUGAACUGGAGCGAUAUCACCGGUUUCGAGGAGAGAUACCCUAGAAAAGGACUGGGUCGCCACAAUUUCUGCAGGAACCCCGAUGGCAGGAUCAGACCUUGGUGUUUUUUCAGGAACAAUAGAGGAAGAAUAGACUGGGGUUACUGCGACUGCAAACAAGGUUCAGUGAGGCUACAAGGUGGGAGAUCCAAGCUGGAUGGUACUGUUGAAGUAUACUUGAAUGGAGUCUGGGGAACAAUCUGCAGUAAUAACUGGAGGGAUGAGAAUGCAGCUGUAGUCUGUCGACAGCUGGGACAUGGGUAUAAGGGCAGGGCUAGACAGAGCCCCCUGUCCAGGCAGACCUUGUUGCCAGUACAUUGGCAUACAGUGCACUGUCAUGGGGAAGAAGAGGACCUGCUACAGUGCCAGAGGACAGUGUGGAAUGGGGGGGAGUGUGCUAACAGGCAAGUUGCUGCUGUCACAUGCACCCCACAGGAAGUGGCUGUGUUUGUUCCAGUUCGUCUGGUUGGUGGAGGCUCAGAAUAUGAAGGCAGAGUAGAAGUCUUUCAUUCUGGUCAGUGGGGCACAGUAUGUGAUGACCAGUGGGAUGAUGCAGAUGCUGAAGUGGUUUGCAGGCAAAUAGGCCUGGGGGGAACUGCCAAGGCAUGGAGCCAGGCCUAUUUUGGACAAGGGUCUGGUCAGGUGUGGCUUGAUGAGGUGCAGUGCACAGGGAAUGAGCUGUCUAUUGAGCAGUGCUUCAAGAGUCUGUGGGGAGAGCACAACUGUGAACACAAGGAGGACGCAGGGGUCUCAUGUACACCUCUCACAGAUGGCUCUUUACGUUUGGUGGGUGGACCAGGCAGUUUUGAGGGCCGCUUGGAAGUUUUCUAUAAGGGACAAUGGGGAACAGUGUGUGAUGAUGGCUGGACAGAAUCUAACAUUCAGGUGGUCUGCAGACAGCUGGGAUUUAGGUAUGAUGAAGCUGCCGUACAGUACCGCUAUGGAGCGGGCUCGGGACCGAUCUUCUUCGACGAUGUGAGCUGCUCUGGGAGGGAGUUGUCCCUGUCACUAUGCAGCAGAAGAGAGUGGAGGAAACACGACUGCACCCACCAAGAAGAUGUGUCUGUCACCUGCAGUCCUGAGCGCGGUUUCCAUGGCAUUCCAGAAAGUUUACCUAUCCGGUUGAUGGAUGGACAGAACAAGAAGGAAGGACGUGUGGAGAUCUACAUCCAUGGCCAGUGGGGGACAAUUUGUGAUGAUGGAUGGACUGACAGGGAUGCAGAUGUUGUCUGCAGGCAGCUAGGUUUCAUGGGUUUAGCUAAAGCUCGAACCAUGGCAUAUUUUGGGGAAGGCAAAGGACCUAUUCAUAUCGAUAAUGUGAAGUGCUCAGGGACCGAGAGAUCCCUUUCUGACUGUAUCAAGCAGCCGAUUGGGACACAUAACUGUCGACACAGUGAGGACGCAGGAGUGAUCUGUGACUAUGGUGAAGAUACAGAGAAGAUAAAAGGUGACCAUGGUGCUUCAGUUUGUGGCUUGCGAUUAGUGCACACCCGCCAGAAGAGGAUUAUUGGUGGAGAGAAUUCCUUAAGGGGGGGGUGGCCAUGGCAGGCUGCCAUUCGUCUUCGAAACUCACAAGGAGAAGGGAGGCUUGUGUGCGGAGCCACGCUCAUCAGCAGCUGCUGGGUUCUCACUUCAGCCCACUGCUUCAAGAGGUAUGGAAACAGCACAAAGACCUAUAAAGUCAGAGUGGGAGACUAUCAUACGCUGGUGCCAGAGGAGUAUGAAGCAGAAUAUGGGAUUGAGCAGAUUGUCCCUCACAACAAUUAUAGACCCAGCACCAAUGACUACGAUUUGGCUUUGGUGCAGCUGGUGGGGCACAGCGGGAAGUGCGUGUCAUUCAGCAGCCAUGUGCUGCCAGCUUGCUUGCCCCUGAGGAGAGAGAAGGUUCUCAAGGUGGCCUCAAACUGCUUUAUCACUGGAUGGGGGGAUACAGGAAGAACAUAUUCCAAAACCCUUCAGCAGGCGGCCAUUUCUGUGCUUCACAAGAGGUACUGCGAGGAACGCUACCUGAGCCAGUUCACAAGCAGGAUGCUCUGCGCUGGCAACACACAGGAAGACAAAUGGGUGGACAGUUGUCGAGGGGACAGUGGGGGACCUCUUGUAUGCGAAAGGCCUGGAGGAGCUUGGGUGGUGUAUGGUGUGACAUCCUGGGGGCAUGCCUGCAGGUUACAGGACUCACCUGGUGUCUACACUAAAGUAUCAGCCUUUCUGCCCUGGAUCAAACGAGUGACCAACCUCUGAAACACAUCCUAACGGCACCCAGGAAAGUGUCUACGUUACCACAACUCAGCUUACGGCACAUCGGAGAUAAAAAAAAAAUCUAAAGACAUUUACAGACAUUUUAGAGUUCUUGUGAUAUUCCUCUUCUUUGUAUAAAAUACAGAACCUCUUUGCUUUUAAGGGACCAAUAUAUUUAAAAUGAAAAAUCCAUAAAGUGAACCCACCACUCUCAUGUUCUUUCUUUAUACCUAAGAUGAAGUUAUGUAUUUUGUACGCAGAUUCUGCUUUGGCAAAAUUAAAAGAAAAAUUCUUACAUGUUAAUUAACAAAGGGUUUAAAGUGUGAAACAAGCUAUGUCAUCAAAAACGAAUACCUGGCUUCUUUCAAAAUAGUUAAAUGAGAUCAAUUGGCUCUAUUAGCUACCAGCUAUCAAUCAGUUAAUAGUUGAUAGCUAUGAAUGGAUGAAUGGUCCUCUAUUGUUUGUAACCAUUCUUACAUUCUUAUAGUAUAUUCUUUAAAGGCAAAUUAAUAAUGACACUUAGUAAGUAUUGCAUAAAAUAUGUAUCCAAGUUCCAGAUGACUGACACCUUAGUCAUUGUGAUGACACUGUAAUUUGAUUUGUUUGGUUUAUUUAUUGCUUUUCUUUCAGUAUUGUUUUAACUGUGAUGAUAUGGUGCUAUGAUGUUUUGUACAGUGUUAUGCUGCAUGCAGUGUAUUCAUGAAAUUCAGGUUUGUCUGUUAUUGCAUAUUCAGUGAUCCAGUCCAGUCAGAUAAAAUGAUCAUGCUCCUUUAUAAAAUCCUUAUAUUUGGGUUUUCUUCAAAUUGGAAAAGAAAGUACUAUUGCAGAUUAUGUCACAACCAAAUAUAUUAUUCCUGUGUUAACACAGGAUUACAAUUCAUGACAUAACUAUUUUAGAACACGUGUUCAUGUUUAUAGUUUCAUGAGAUUUGAAUGAUUUGCAUUAUUACUGUGAAAUUACUGACCUGGUAUUUAUUUUUAGGUUUCAUAGAGAAUCUGAAGCAAACUAAUGCACAUUUUUAACAUAUGACACUGAAGUGUCAACUGCACUACCACUUAAAGUAAUAUUACUGGGUAAACUGAAAAUGUUUUGACACAAUUCUUCAGUCUGUUCCGGUAUUUUUCACAAGCCUUACACAUAAAUAUGUAGUUUACUCUCUCUGCAUUGCACAAUAAAUAAAGCUAAAAGAAAAUCUGAUUGCUUAAUUUUAUGACAACUACCAAGUGUUAAGUACAAUACCAGGAGACAAAUAAAAAUGCCAUGCACAAUAGUGUAAUAACCUUGUGAUUUGUGAUAAUUUAACUCAAUAUUUCUGCUAUUGAGGAGAUUUUUUUUCAAGUGCAGUAAUCCACUUACCACUCACAGCCACUCACAGGCGGCACAGCCAGACAGAAAGGUUAUAUAUUUACUGUAAUUUUCACUGUGGCUGUGAAGUACAUUUAUUUUGGAGGAUAUCUAUUGCAGCUGCACUGUUAAGCACUUAAGGUUAAAUCCUGGUAGCAUUCAUGGGGUCAUUUUUAGUGCAUAAGACAAGAACUGCACACAAACCUUUUCACUAGUUUAAGCAUCCCUGGGAUGACAUAAUGAUAGCUAGCUAAAUCCAGUUUCUUGCAUUUUGUAACCACUUUAAAGGCAAAAAUAGAGCACAAUUAAUAUAUUUCUGUUUACACCCAGGGGAAAUCAUGUACUUUCAGUUCUCUUCUAUCUACAGAAGCCCGGAGAAAUGUCAUCCUAAUGAGUCUGUAGGCUCUAGCAUGGAUGUUUUUUUAUUUGAUUAAUUGAAAUGACUAAUGUCAUGUUCUGAACAUUUUUCUUGUAUGUUGUUAAAAUAGCAGCAUUUAAAAGAUCAAUAAUUUAGGGUAUAUCUUGAAAAACACUGAAGUGUGACAUUUUCUUAUUGGCUUUUAUUAGGAAUGGAAAUGUUUAACAAUGAUGUACUGUACACACAUAUGUUUUUCAUUAAAUCACAUCUGAAGGUUUUCUUAUUUCACAACUAAAUGAUAAUAAAACCCUUGCUUUCCACUUUUCA